UUAUGAUUUAUCAAGUUGUUUGUAAACCUGUGUAAUUAGUUGCAUCUGAUAUUAUAUAUUUUUUAUAAUGCAUGAUGCUUACGAGGCAGUGGCAAUUCUUGAAAAGCUUCCAUUGCAGAUAGAAUCAAUUGCCAGUUAUGAAAACAAUUUGUUGGUUGGAACGAAGCAAGGGCAUCUCCUGAUGUACUGCAUAACACCUCAUCAAGGUGAUCAAAAGUUUGAAGUCCGACUCCUCCGUUCUAACAAACAUUUCUCAAAACGUCCGAUAAUCCAGAUGGAGGUUGUUCCCGAACUACAGAUCCUUAUAAGUCUUUCAGACGCGGUGAUUAGCGUUCACGACCUUACAGUAUUCAACCUGAUUACUACUAUCAACAAGACACGUGGUGCCUCCGUCUUCACCCUAACCAAGUGUCUUUGAGUGGCAACAUAUCCACAACGUUGCGCAUGUGUGUUGCCGUGAGAAGAAAAUUACAGCUAUUCUACUGGAAGAACAGAAACUUCCAUGAAUUGCAGCCUGACUUGGGGGUACCUGACGUUGCAAAGUGCAUGGUGUGGUGUGGUGACUCGCUGUGUGUCGGUUUUAAAACCGAGUACUUCAUAAUCAAGACGGAGACAGGAAAUCUGAAGGAUCUGUUUCCGAUGGGAAAGAACGAGCCACGUGUGACAAAACUAGAGGACAAGCGGUUGGCAUUGGGAAAGGAUGAUAUGACCAUAUUUUUAGACUGGGAAGGAAAUGCCACGCAGAAGUUUGCUCUCACCUGGUCUGAUAUGCCGAUAGCUCUAGAAUACAAUGCACCGUAUUUAGUGGGAGUCCUUCCGAGAUACGUGGAGAUCAGAACCGUUGAGUCAAGGUCCCUCAUCCAAAGUAUAGAGCUAUCAAAACCCCGCUAUGUCACAACGUGUCAUAAGGCUAACAGCAUCUACGUGGGCGUCGACGUCGCACGUCUGUGUGCUCGUCCCGUCCCGUCAAGGACCAGGGAGUGUCUGAUUGAGGUGGAAGAGGAGAAGAAGGAGAGGAUACAUCAGAUACAGACGCUGUUCGCCUUCAAUUCUGUUCUAUCAGCAUCGAUUCAAGGAAUCCAUGGAUCUGUUCAUACAGCUGGACACGUAACAGCAUCUACGUGGGCGUCGACGUCGCACGUUCUGGUGGCUCGUCCCGUGCCCGUCAAGGACCAGGUGAAGCAGCUCGUCCAGCAGAAGCAGUUUGAACUCGCCCUGCAGCUCGUGGAGCUGUCUGAUGAGGUGGCAAGAGGAGAAGAAGGAGAGGAUACAAUCAGAUACAGACUGCUGUUCGCCUUCAAUCUGUUCUAUCAGGCAUCGAAUUUCAAGCGAAUCCCAUGGGAUUUUCUGUUCAUACAGCUGGACACAGAUCCGUCUCAUGUUAUCGGCCUCUUCCCAGGCCUGCUACCUCCAGACUUCAGGAGUCAGCUGGAGUAUCCUGAAAAGCUUCCUGAAUUGGCGGGAGCCGACCUGGAGAAUGGCUUUGUAGCUUUAAUAGAGUACCUCACACAGGUACGCAUGGAGCUAGUAAAGGAUAUGACAAAGCAGGUUCAGUUCUCCAGUGCGACCAUAGAGGGCGCCGCUACAGUGAAGCUGUCUCAGCGGCAGCAGCUGCAGAUUAUCGACACGACAUUGCUCAAGUGCUACCUACAGACGAACGAUGCGCUUAUUGCUCCGCUGUUACGACUGCGCGACAACCACUGCCACCUGGAUGAGAGCGAGAGAGUGCUGAAGAAACAUCAGAAGUUCAGCGAACUCAUCAUCCUGUACCAGAGGAAGAAUCUUCACAAACGAGCUCUGGAUCUGCUGCUAAAACAAGCCAUGAAGCCAGACUCCGCUCUGAAGGGACACGAGAGGACCGUACAGUAUUUACAGCAUCUCGGCAGAGAUCACCUGCCUCUGAUAUUCGAGUUCUCUAGCUGGGUGCUGAAAGCUCAUCCAGAAGAUGGCCUUAAGAUUUUCACCGAUGACCUUCCAGAAGUGGAACUUUUACCACGGGAUAAAAUUCUACAGUACCUACAACAACACUUCCCUGAUCUAGUCAUUCCAUACCUGGAGCACGUGGUGCUGGAGUGGGACGACACGUCGCCGCACUACCACAACUCUCUCGUGAAUCACUACAGGCAGCGGGUGCAGGCACUGACGGCAGACUACCUGGACUCUCUACCCGAGGGUCAGCUUCCGAGGCCGCAUGGCAUGGAACCGGGAGAGCUUGGCGAACUUCGCAACAAACUCGUUUUCUUCCUGGAGUCGUCAACGCACUACGUCGCUCAGGCCGUUCUCGUCCAUUUUCCCUUCGACGCGUUCUUCGAGGAGCGGGCGAUCCUGCUCGGGAGGCUGGGUCGACACGAGCAGGCUCUCGCUAUCUACAUCUACGUGAUCUGUGACCUUGCCAAGGCAGAAGAGUAUUGUAGAAGAAAUUAUAGCAAGACAAAAGAUAGCAGCAAAGAUGUGUUCCUGACGAUGUUCAAGAUCUUGGUCGUUCCUCCUGAUCCGACGAUGAUUGGCGUGAUGCUUCCGCAGCUUCCAAAUCCCGAGCCGCAGCCGGUGAUGGCGCUCGAGCUUCUCCGUCUCCAUGCCAACAAGAUCGACACCAUCAAGGCGCUGCAGCUGCUGCCGUUGCCGACGCGCGUUUGCGACAUCCAUCAGUUCCUGGAGAAGGUUCUGCAGGAGAGGGCGUCGCACAAGCGGCGGGGCCAAAUCCUCAGAAGUCUCCUCAGCGCAGAGCAUCUACAGGUUCAGGAGCAGAUUAUAUUUCACCAAGCUCACAAAAUUGUGAUCACAGAUGAAAAUAUAUGUAGAGUAUGCAAGAAGAAAAUUGGUAACAGUGCCUUUGCCAGAUAUCCGAAUGGUGUGCUGGUUCAUUACUACUGCUGCAAGGAUGUCAAGAUCUGUCCAGUAGAAUUGUGAGGCUACGUUUAGUGUGCAAGCGCGUAAAACCACGUCGGGCAUUCACGCAACUCUAUUCUGCUAUACAUAAAUUAAUAGACGAAGCUAGCUUUACCAUUCCAAAUCGUUAAGGUGGUAAUACCUUACAAUCUUUCAGUGUCUGCUAUUAGUUUCAGUUCAAGUAAUGUAUUAUUCAUCUUACAUAUUAAUUUUUGCACGUAUAUAAUAGAUUGCUCACGUUGUAAAUAAUUAACUAUUACACAAGCUCAGUCUGUAGCACUGGAAGCAAAACCUAAUUAGUGUUACUUGUGGCAUCUCUGUGACAGGCAGCAUAUGCAACAGCAGCUAUAACAAAAACUUCAAAUUCCUUUGACUUGUGCUUAAUUUUUGUGGAGGAUAAUUGGGAUAUGGCAAAUUCAUUUUUUAUAAUGAGUAGUGAACAACACGAAUUGGUAUAGAGCAUAAAUUCAAACCUGAUGUAGAUACUAAUAGUGCUGAAAGCUACACUAAUGUGUACUCUUAAUUAUAAGCAAAACUAAUUAAGAAUUCUGCUUGUAACUAUACUCAUAACUAUUAUACACAAUAGAAAUCACCUACGAAAACUUCACAGUUCAGCACAGUCACAAUAUGAUUUCACAGUUUUGUGUUUCGUGUGGCUAAAUUUUUCAUAGAUGAAACAUAAUGACAUAGUAAGCACAGAUGUAUUUAAUCUCUGUUUAUGCCUAAAAUGAAAGGAAUGUCCAGGCAAUGAUAAUUUUAUUUCGUUCAAUAAUUCAUGUGAUGUGCACACUUGAUAGCUUAGUAGGUGAAAGUUACUCUACUAGCGUGCGCAUUUUUGUAUGUGAAAUAAUACAUCAUAUCAGGAUAUGUAGAUGGGAAACAUAACAUUUAGAGCUUCGAAUUAUUGAGGGGUAAACUGUAAAUAGUUCUUGUUGCAUAUCUAGAUUAUGGUUAUCAAUGCGUUUGCGAGAGAGUGUGUUAAUUGUCGCAUUGAUGCGUUCGCCCGCGUUCGUGUGAUAAUGACCGAUUCGUGAUAAUACUAGAUAAUUGUCAAAGCGUGUCAGCUUCGCGGUAGGAUAUAUGCUCUAACUGUCGCGUGCAUUCACCCGCCUGCUCAAUGCUUGUGUGUGUGCGUCUGCGCGCGCACGUGCGUGUGUGUAUCAAAGAUCGGUAGUAAUAAGGGUAGUAACGGGAGUAAUCGGGAGUAUAAGCUGCAAUUUUAGCAACGAUUGUAAGCCUCUCAGAGGCAGGAAAGGUGCAUUGUGUUGGCAGUAGCCUGCAGCUAUCCGUGUCCUCCAUUCAUCCCCCUCAUCGGGCGAAAGAGCCUCGACGCAGUGCGCAGCAGUGCCUCCGUGGAAAACAGUUUUGCGGGGAAGGACGCGCGUCGGUCUAUACAUGCAGAUUUUUGUCAGCCGCCGCGAAAAGUGCGCGAUUUUGAUUGUACGUCCUGAUAGAUUAUGUAAAUACUGAUAUCUGAAAGCGACUCAGGUUUUUGCCGGGGGAUGCUUUGGUGUGCACGCUCGCUGUCAGGGAGACUAUAAUGCGAAGUGUUCGUUAUGCGAGAAUUGAAUAGGAUGGAUGCUAAAAAUAUGUGCAGUAUCGCGCGGACAGCUUUUUAUGAAGCCAGAGUUAUUGACAGGAAAUCGCGUGUAUGGCCUUAGCUUGAGUGGUAUCGCAAAACGGGGUGUUGUGCGGUUUGACCAGGAAGCUGUGUAAUUGCAGGGAAGGGGUGUUGUAGAAGGACCUGUGUGUUGAUGCGGUAAGGUGUAUUGUUACGGGAGAGGUGUGUUGCGGGAGAGAUGUUUUAUUACAGGGAAGGUAUGUUGUAGCAGGAGAGGUAUGUUGUAUCAUAUAGAUAUGUUGGUGCACGCGUUAGUGCACACGCAGACUGCACGCACGCGCGCAAAUCUGACCGCCCGUCUGCGUGCACACACACACAUACACGCACGCACGCACGCACGCACGCACGCGCGCACACACACACACACAC